UGACAUGAUUCCCAUUACCUACCGAAUAUACUGGGGGUUUUUUUCAGACAAUCGCUUUUACCUCACAAUGCUUUUCCCACAAAUAUCCUCAACUAAGCGUGACAGCAUUCAAGGACAAUAUGGAAUUCGAUCUACUGCAUGCCUAAUGAAUUGAAUAAAAAGGAGUCAGGUACAGUACGCGUACGACGGCAUGUCCCUGUCGUCUUUUGAAACAUUAUUGACGUUGUGCGGAUCGAUAUCAACCAGUGGGUUUUGUCACUGCGCACCCAGUUUGGUCGGGGCAAACUACACAGCCUGCGUCAUAAGAAAACAUCCCCACAGACAGUUGGAUCACUUCAUCGGCUUGGUGACACUUCAAAGUGCCUUGGAUCAGAAUUACAGCAUCAGAUGGAUAACCACGUCUCAGAGAUGAAAGACACGGAGGCAGCUACCGCAGAUUUGGUGGAAGUCCGGGCCGAGUCAGAGACCUCCUCGGCCCGCCGACGCACCUCUUGGCGCACCUGCUGCUCGGGCUUCCUCCGCCGCAACCUCCUCGUCAUCCUCCUCCUUCUGUCCCUCCUCCUGGGUCUCGGGGUCGGCUUCUUCAUCAAGUUCGGCACCGAUCUGACGUUCACGGCCAAGGAGAUCUCCUACAUUGCUUUUCCCGGGACGCUGUUCCUGAACAUGCUCAAGAUGGUCAUCAUCCCCCUAGUGGUGUCCAGUCUAAUAGCGGGUAUGGCGUCGCUGGAUAAAAGCAUGUCUGGUGUACUCGGCCUUAAGGCUUUGGUGUACUACUUCAGUACGACUUUCAUGGCCGUAGCCCUGGGCAUUCUCAUGGUCAUGACGAUCCAACCCGGAAAUCGACAGGAAACGACAGAAAUCGAUCGAUCAGGCAACACAGAGUAUGUCAACACAGCCGACGCCAUCUUGGAUUUGCUGAGGAACAUGUUCCCGCCAAAUAUCGUGGAGGCCUGCUUCCGAUCAUACAAGACGGUUCAGACACCAAUGAUGAUGACAAACGACCAAUCAGAAAUGACGGGCAUGCCCAUGACGACCAUAGAGGGCACCACCAUGGGUACCAUGGGAACCACACCCGAGCCCGAGGUCAUCCUGGUGUCCAAGGGCGGGUACCAGGACCGCAGCAACGUGCUGGGGUUGGUGGUGUUCUCCUGUGCCUUCGGCAUCGUGCUGGGUCGUAUGGGACCCGCAGGGGAACCAGUGAAAGCCUUCGCCAACUCCAUGAUGGAGACCAUUAUGAGACUGGUGCGAGGCAUCAUCUGGAUUUCGCCCAUCGGCAUUUUCUUCUUGAUCCUGGGUAAGAUCCUCGGCAUGGAUGACUGGGUGACGGUCUUCAGCCAGAUCGGCCUGUACUCGGCCACCGUGAUCUCGGGUCUUCUCAUUCACGGACUUCUUGUCUUGCCGCUCCUCUUCGUCAUCUUUACUCGCAAGAAUCCCUUCGCCUUCAUCAAGGGCGUGUCCCCAGCCCUCAUGACCGCCUUCGCUACUGCCUCAAGUUCGGCUACUUUGCCCCUGACCAUCUCCUGCCUGGAACAGAACAAUCGCAUCGACAAGCGCGUCACACGCUUCAUGUUACCUAUCGGCGCCACCAUUAACAUGGACGGCACCGCCCUCUAUGAAGCGGUAGCCGCCAUCUUCAUCGCCCAAGUCAACAAUUUGGAGAUGGAUGUGGCCACUGUCAUUACUAUCAGCGUAACGGCCACCUUGGCUAGUAUUGGUGCUGCUGGCGUUCCGCAGGCUGGCCUUGUCACGUUGGUCAUUGUACUCAACGCGGUUGGCCUACCAGCUGAAGACGUCACGCUCAUCAUCGUCAUUGAUUGGUUCCUGGAUCGGAUCCGCACCACCGUGAACGUAGCCGGGGAUUCCUUUGGAGCGGGCAUCGUCCAUUACCGGUCUCAAGACCAACUGGCGAAGAUGGAUCGUCUCCAUGGUAACGACAACAAGGACUUCCCUACCGACGAAGACACCGAUUAUCUCCCUAAACUCAAAGAGUUUAACACCAAGCUGUAA